AUGGACAUCAGUAACCAAACACCAGGCACCAGUCAUUGGACAUUACAUAUGAGACACCAGGCACCAGACACCAGAUACGAGGCAUCAAACACUGGACACCAGAUAUCAUCCAUCAGACACGAGACACGAGACACCAGACACCAGAAGAAUGAUACGAGAUACCAAACACUUGAGACCAGAUAUCAUACAUCGGACAUGAGACACGAGAAACGUGACAUGAGGCACCAAACUCCAGACGCCAGACGCCAGUCAGCGAAGAUUACACACGAGACAUCAGACACCAGACACUGGAUACCAGAUACCAGAUAUCAUAUAUGA